UUAAGGAAUGGAGUAAAUAAGUACAGUGGGGCCCUCAAAUAGUGGUUUAAGGAACGGAUUAGGAACGGUAUAGGAACAGCAUCGUAGAUGGCCUAAGAGCAGCUGUUUUGCACGGGACAUCCAUCCAUCCUUAACCCUCCAACUGUAAUAAAUGCAUUAAUUUUGAGAACCAAAAUAUCUUACUUGAAUAACUGCUUCCUCAACUUGAGCCUCUUUUCAGUCUUCAUUUUCAUUUUAAAAAGAGGAAGCUGGAGUAGUUAAGUAGAGCGCGAUGGCUUUGGCUUUGGCGGGCGAUGAUUUGGCGCGGUCGGUGAGCAGCCGGAGUUUGAAGAGGGUGUGGCAGCAGGAGCCGGACGUGUUCCGCAGCGCGGGGGAGAGGGAGGAUGAGGAGGAGGAGGAGCUGCGGUGGGCGGCGCUCGAGAGGCUGCCCACCUAUGAUAGGAUCAGCAAGGGCUUUCUCAAGAAGGUUCUAGAAGACGGGACCAUGAAGGCCGAGGAGAUCGACUUCAAGAAGCUCAAGGGCGAUGAGAAGCGCUAUUUCAUGAACCGGAUUUUGGAUAACGUUGAGAGAGACAACGAGAGGCUCCUUAGCGCCCUCAGAAACCGGGUUCGUAGGGUGGGGCUUGAAGUGCCGAAAGUGGAAAUAAGGUAUGAGCAUUUGUCGGUGGAGGGAGAAGUGCAUGUCGGAAGCAGAGCAUUGCCCACUUUGAUUAAUGCAACCUUGAAUACAAUUGAGAGUAUUCUAGAACUAGUGAAGCUCUCCCCUACCAAAAAGAGAAAGAUUCAGAUACUUAAAGAUGUCAGUGGAAUUAUUAGACCAUCCAGAAUCACUCUGCUUUUGGGCCCUCCAGGUGCAGGGAAAACAAGUUUCUUGCUUUCACUUGGUGGAAAGCUUGAUCACAAUUUAAAGCAAACCGGGAAGAUCACGUAUUGUGGGCAUGAGUUCAGUGAGUUUGUUCCUCAGAAGACCUGUGCCUAUAUUAGCCAACAUGAUCUUCAUCAUGGGGAGAUGACAGUGAGGGAGACUCUUGAUUUCUCGGCUCGUUGUUUGGGCGUUGGCCCCAGAUAUGAGAUGUUGGCAGAGCUCUCAAGGCGCGAGAAAGAGGCCGGGAUCCAUCCCGACCCUGAGGUUGAUGCAUUCAUGAAAGGCAUAUCAGUCUCUGGCCAGAAGACCAGCCUCUUCACAGAUUAUUAUCUUAAGAUACUUGGUUUAGAUAUAUGCUCGGACAUUAUGGUUGGUGAUGAUAUGAGAAGGGGCAUUUCGGGAGGGCAAAAGAAACGUGUCACUACUGGGGAAAUGUUGGUUGGUCCAGCCAAAGUUCUGUUCAUGGAUGAAAUAUCGACUGGAUUAGACAGCUCUACCACCUUUCAGAUUGUCAAUCACAUGAGCCAAAUUGCUCACAUAAUUGGUUUAACCAUGGUUAUUGCUCUCUUGCAACCAGCCCCAGAGACAUAUAAUCUCUUUGAUGAUGUUAUCUUGUUAUCAGAAGGUUUCAUUAUCUAUCAAGGUCCACGAGAAAGUGUUACUGUCUUCUUCGAGUACAUGGGAUUCAAAUGCCCUCCACGAAAAGGAGUUGCUGAUUUUCUUCAAGAAGUGACCUCAAAGAAAGACCAAGAACAAUACUGGUACAAGAAAGACCAGCCCUAUAAGUAUAUCCCAGCUUCAGAAUUUGCGCAAGCCUUCAACUCCUUCGAAGUAGGGCAAAGGCUCACUGAGGACCUCCGUGUUCCAUACGAAAAAUCUGAAGCCCACGGAGCAGCUUUGGUAAAAGAAAAGUAUGGUAUAUCCAGUUGGCAACUGUUUCGUGCGUGCUUCUCUAAGGAAUGGUUGCUAAUGAAACGUAACUCUUUUGUUUACAUAUUCAAGUCUACACAGCUCACAAUCCUGGGUGUUAUAGCCUGUACGCUAUUUCUGAGAACAACAAUGUCCUAUGGAAAAUUAACUGAUGGAGGAAAAUUCUUUGGUGCACUUUUCUUUAGUCUUAUGACCAUGAUGUUCAAUGGGAUGGCUGAACUUUCAAUGACAGUCUCGAGGCUGCCAGUCUUCUUUAAACAAAGAGAUCUUUUAUUCUAUCCGGCUUGGGCUUUCUGCUUACCUAUUUGGAUAUUAAGAAUCCCACUAACUAUAGUGGAAACAUGUAUAUGGAUGAUUCUUACAUACUACACAAUCGGGUUCGCUCCUUCUCCUGGAAGAUUUUUCCGGCAAUUUUUUACGUUGUUCAGCAUUAAGCAAAUGGCGCUUGGUCUCUUCCGGUUCAUUGCUGCACUAGGAAGAACCCAGGUUGUUGCAAACACAUUAGGCACCUUCUCUUUGCUCGUGAUCUUUGUCCUCGGGGGUUUUAUAGUUGCCAAAGAUGAUCUGGAGCCAUGGUUGAAAUGGGCCUAUUAUAUUUCUCCCAUGAGUUAUGGACAGAAUGCUAUAUCCAUAAAUGAGUUUCUUGCCACAAGAUGGAGCAGUCCUAAUACAGAUCCUAAAUACCCUGAACCUACUAUUGGAAAAGUCCUCCUUCAGUCGAGGGGCUUUUUCACCGAGGAUUAUUGGUUCUGGAUUUGUGUAUGUGCACUCUUGGGAUUUUCGGUUCUCUACAACCUUUUCUUUAUUGCUGCACUGACCUUCUUAAGCUCUUCGAGCGAUUCAAAGAAUUUGACAUUGGAUGACAAUGAUGAUAGCAAAAAGGAUUCAUCUAAAGGAGGGGAUAAGGUUGUCCAGAAAAGCAGUCCAGACGGAAUCGUUAGCAGUGAAGUUCAAACAUCUAACAAAGGAAUGCUUCUACCCUUUCAGCCUCUGUCUCUUGUGUUCAACCAUACAAAUUACUAUGUCGAUUUGCCACCUGAAAUGAAAGCACAAGGUGUUGAGGGUGAUCGUCUCCAACUACUACGAGAUGUGAGUGGAGCUUUUAGACCUGGGGUACUGACGGCACUUGUUGGGGCUAGUGGUGCUGGUAAGACAACCUUAAUGGAUGUAUUAGCAGGGAGAAAAACAGGUGGAUACAUCGAGGGAAACAUCAGCAUUUCAGGCUACCCCAAGAAACAGGAUACAUUUGCACGGAUCAGUGGAUACUGUGAACAGAAUGACAUUCAUUCGCCUAACGUCACCAUUUAUGAAUCUGUGUUGUACUCUGCCUGGCUACGCCUACCUCAAGAAGUAAACAAAGCCACUGGAAAGCAAUUUGUUGAAGAAGUAAUGGAAUUGGUUGAGCUUAACCCCAUAAGAGAUUCCCUUGUUGGGCUUCCUGGAGUUUCCGGUCUUUCAACUGAACAAAGGAAAAGACUAACAAUUGCUGUAGAGUUAGUUGCUAACCCAUCCAUCAUCUUCAUGGACGAACCUACUUCUGGCCUUGACGCGAGAGCAGCUGCUAUAGUAAUGCGCACAGUUAGAAACACCGUGGAUACAGGAAGAACUGUUGUCUGCACGAUUCACCAACCAAGCAUAGAUAUAUUCGAAUCUUUUGAUGAAUUAAUCUUGAUGAAGAGAGGAGGCCGGAUCGUAUAUGCUGGACCUCUUGGUCUGCAUUCUCAUAAGCUGAUAGAAUAUUUUGAGGCUAUUCCCGGGGUUCCCAAGAUUAAAGAAGGUUACAAUCCAGCAACCUGGAUGCUGGAUAUCUGCACCCCAGCAGCUGAGAUUGAACUUGGAGUUGAUUUUGCUGACAUUUAUGCUAAAUCAGCACUUUACCAGAGGAAUCAAGAACUUAUUAAAGAGCUGAGUACUCCUCCACCAGAUUCUAAGGACCUCUAUUUUCCUAGUAAAUACUCGAAGUCUUUUCUGGAGCAAUGCAAAGCUUGCUUCUGGAAGCAGUAUUGGUCAUACUGGAGAAAUCCACUAUAUAAUGCCAUCAGGUUCUUGAUGGCAACUGUGAUUGGUCUAAUAUUUGGGCUGAUUUUCUGGAAUAAGGGACAGAAAAUCGAAAAUCAACAAGAUAUUCAAAAUCUUUUGGGAGCUAUAUACUCUGCUGUUGUCUUCCUGGGAGCCUCGAAUAUGAGUUCUGUGCAAGGCGUCGUUUCUAUAGAGAAGAUAGUUUUCUAUCGCGAAAGGGCAGCCGGAAUGUAUUCUCCGCUGCCUUAUGCAUUUGCUCAGGUGGCUAUAGAGAUGGUGUACGUAGCAAUACAAACCGCAGCAUACGUCCUUCUAAUCUAUUCAAUGAUUGGAUUCGAAUGGAAUGUAGCCAGAUUCUUUUGGUUCUACUACUUCAUGUACAUGUGCUUCGUCUACUUCACUCUUUACGGAAUGAUGUUCAUCGCUCUCACACCGGGCCUCCAAGUCGCUUCCAUUUCAACAGCUUUCUUCCUCAGCUUCUGGAACUUGUUCUCCGGUUUCCUCCUUCCACGAGUGCAAAUUCCAAUAUGGUGGAGGUGGUACUACUGGGGGUCUCCGGUGGCGUGGACGAUCUACGGGCUGGUGGCUUCACAAUUUGGUGAGAUGGAAACUGAAAUAGAGGUGCCUGGAGUUGGGUUAAGGGCAGUGAAAUCAUACCUUAAACAAAACUUGGGGUUUGAGCAUGAUUUUCUGCCUGUUGUAGCUGUAAUGCAUCUGGUUUUUGCCCUAACCUUUGCCCUAACCUUUGCCUUUGGUAUCAAGUGCCUCAACUUCCAAAGGAGAUGAGCAUCACACCUUCAUCUCAUCAACUAAUAGCUUUGCUUUGUUGAACUUGGUGCUAGCCUUAGUCUUGGCUCUGCUAGGUGUGUUAACGUGUUUUGCAUUUUUCGACGACGUCAUGUUGUUAGUUGUUUGAGUCGUUGCUCGCCAUCUUUUUGGUCUUGAGCUUUUCUUAUGUAUAUAAAAUAAAGUGAAAAUUCUAAAUGGAAUUCCAAACGACGAGUACACUGAAAGUUGCAAGCAUAAGUUCAUCACAAAAUUUGUCAUA